GAAAACUCAGGUAGGCAUUAACAUGGAUCACAAGCUAGUCUCAAGCUGGUAUCAUCUUCAUUCCACGGUGCCCUUGUCUUAUGUUCAACCACCGGAAAGUAGGCCAGGCACGGUCACUGUUGCUUCCGGCAAGGCGGUCCCGGUGGUGGAUCUCGGUGGACAUGAUCGUGCUGAAACCUUGAAGCAGAUUUUUAAAGCUUCCGAGGAAUAUGGAUUUUUCCAGGUUAUCAACCAUGGAGUUUCCAAUGAGUUAAUCGAGGAUACACUAAAUAUUUUCAAGGAAUUUCACGCCAUGCCAGCUGAAGAAAAAUUAAGUGAAAGUUCAAGGGAUCCAAAUGGAAGCUGCAUGCUCUAUACAAGCCGUGAGAUUAACAACAAAGAUUGCAUUCAGUUUUGGAAGGACACAUUAAGACACCCAUGCACACCUUCUGAAGAAUUCAUGGAGUUUUGGCCUCUGAAGCCUGCAAGAUACCGAGAAGUAGUUGAGAAAUAUACAAAGGAACUGAGAGAACUAGGAUCCCAAAUUUUGGAGAUGCUAUGUGAAGGGUUAGGACUUGAUCCAAGAUAUUGUUGUGCUGGACUUAGUGAAAAUCCAUUAUUGCUGUCAAAUCACUAUCCACCCUGCCCAGAACCGAGUUUAACAUUAGGGUUAUCUAAGCAUCGAGAUCCUACUCUUGUUACCAUUCUGCUUCAAGAUACAGAUGUAAAUGCACUCCAAGUUUUCAAGGAUGGGGAAUGGAUUUCUAUUGAGCCAAUUCCCUAUGCAUUUGUAGUCAACAUUGGGCUUCUCUUGCAGAUAAUUAGCAAUGGAAGGCUCGUUGGAGUUGAACAUCGUGUUGUCACAAAUUCAAGUAUUUCGAGGACCACCGUUGCCUAUUUCAUUCGCCCAAAGAAAGAAGAGAUUGUAGAACCUGCAAAGGCAUUGGUAAGAACCGGUGCUCAUCCCAUCUAUAGGUCCAUUGCAUUUGAAGAGUUUUUGAGAAUUUUCAAGACCAGAGAUCCUGCCAUUGAACCAAAAUUGGUCUUAUAAUCUUGUCACGUAGACAGGAGAAGAACUUUCUAAAAUCUCAUGCAAAUUUAUCUUGUUUCCAUAUGAAAUUUCAAGAUUAGUUGUUAGCAUUGGGGAUUCUGGAGUCGAGAUUAUUCUUGAGCUUUGAAGGACGAUUGUUACUUCUUACUCUUGAAUCAAUCAUAUUCUAGACAGUUAUCUAGUUAAGAAUUACAUAAUGGUUGGGAAUUUAUCCCAAUAAUGAUUAAUCUAUAAAUAAGUUGAACUAGAUAUCCAUGCAGUAGCCUUAGGAGCUUUUCUUGUUUGUUCUGUUUCUUAUUGUACCUGUGUCUGUCUUUUUGCCUUAGCCUACAAUUUUCUUAUAGGUGGCAUUUCUUUCCUAUACAUGAGGGGGUUGUCCUUAUGUUUCCUUUAUCUAUUAAAUAAUAUCUUCUAUUUUUUAAAAAAAAA